CGUUCGUAGUGGUUUUCUGUUGUGUUCAAUAGUUCGCUCCAACAACUAGUUUGUACUUAUCGAUAGGAAUAAAAAAUAUUUAUGUAUUUUUUUUUGAAAAUAAAUUAAACAAAAAAUAGUGUAAAAAUCGUGUUUGUGUUAUUAAUUUGCUUUUGUUGUUGUUGUUGUUUUUUGGGAAUGUGUGUUAAGUUCUUUUAAUUUAAAAAUUAAUAUUAUUUUGAAGUAAAAACAUGGUCUCUUUGGAAUUAAGUAUUUUAACCUUAAAUGUUUGGGGUAUACCUUUAAUCUCCGCUGAUAGAGCUGAGCGUAUGCAACAUAUUGGCAAGGAGUUGGCUAGUGGAAAAUAUGAUAUUGUUUCACUGCAAGAGGUGUGGACAGAAAAAGAUAGUGCCACCUUGCAGGAGCUAACAAAAGCUGUAUUGCCUUAUGUUCAUUAUUUCUAUAGUGGUGUGAUUGGUGCUGGCUUAUUGGUUUUAUCAAAAUAUCCCAUCGUUACUAGUCUAUUUCAUUCAUGGACCGUCAAUGGUUAUUGUCAUCGUAUACAACACGCCGACUGGUUUGGUGGCAAGGGUGUGGGCAUGUGUAGAAUACGAGUUGGUGAUCUUUAUGUACACGUAUACAAUGCUCAUUUACAUGCUGAAUAUAAUAUUAAAAAUGAUGAUUACUUGACACAUCGUGUUAUUCAAGCAUUUGAUACUGCUCAAUUUAUAGAGGCUACACGUUGGGAUGCGGCUGUACAAAUCUUGGCAGGGGAUUUAAAUACAAAACCAACGGAUAUUUGUUACAAAGUCCUACUCUACACCUCUCAAAUGAAAGAUUCCUGCAACUCAGACACAGUCACAACCAAUGAAUGUAAACAGAAUUCAUAUACCUCUAAGAAAGUUCUAGCACGUAAUCCUAAUGGUUUUCGUAUCGAUCACAUAUUCUUACGAUCUGCAGACAAAAUCAAAACUUCUAUAUUAGAAUAUAAAUUACCGCUGCCAGAUCGUGUGCCAGGGAAAAAAUUCAGUUAUUCUGAUCACGAAGGUGUGCAGGUGCGUUUAAGAUUGCAAACGAAACAAGAUAGUGAUACAUGUUCCAUACAACAUAUAAAUGCCUGCCUAGAUGGUGAGGAUGCAGAUGAAGACACUAUGCGAGAUGUUAAAUUAACACCACCACAAUCACCAGUUCUAACUAAUGGACACUCCUCGGUAGUGCAUUCAGAAGGUGAAUGUCCCAGUGAUGAACCGCGACUGCCGAAAAGUUUAGCCAUUAUCAAGGAAGCCAUUGAGUUGUGUGAGACACAUUUAAAGAAAAUAAAUACUGAUCGUAUUAUAUACUUUACAAUUGCUGCCAUACUCUUCGCUAGCCUUGUAGUAAUGGCUGAAUUUCCUGUGCCCGUUGGCUAUAAGACUGUAUAUUUAUUGCUCAAACUUUUGGUAUUUGCCAUUAUAUUAUUCUGUAUAUUUAUGGGUUCCAUUUGGAAUCUAAUGGAACGUAAUGGUACCUUAUCGGGUAAAACUUCAAUGGAGAUUAAAUUACAAAAUUCACAGUAUGUGAAUUUGAAACGAGAUUGACCACAAGUGUUAAAUUAUAUUGUGGCGGCUAAUAUGAGCAGCGUAACAACAUCACCCAAGUCAGUUAGUAGAACUAGUAGUACUGGAUCGUUAAAACCAACAACACCUUCCAUAAUGAUACCACCCAACAUCAUCAUUAAUUAAAGCUCAAAAAGCAUUUAAUAUUUCAACAAAUGAUAAUCAUUAAAUAAAUUUUUAUAUUAUUUUCCAAGUGAAA